AUAUGUUGUGAUACUUUCAAGUUUCAUCCAUCGGUGUUUUCCAAGUGAGAACAUACAUAUCUCCGAUUCUCCCACGUACCUAAAAUUCUGGGAGGAACGAUCGAACACACAAAAGAGGCAGAAUGGAAUACAAACCGCCGUACAGGGCAAGGUUGCCUAUGACGCUACUAGAAUCAACGGCCGACGAACUGGCGGAAUCGAUCAUCUCAAGCUCGGUCAAGCUCCAUCACGAUCGACCCGAGGCGUUCCAAGUAGAAGCCGUCUCGGCACUCGUUCGUCGAAAGAAAUGCUUCGUCCAUGCCGCCCCUGGGUUUUGGAGGAAACGGAUCCCCGAAAUGUUUUUUAGCUUGUUCGAAGAUAAGGCCAUCGUUUUGGUCUUGAAUCGCUUGGAUUGCUUGGGAGACGAUCAGGUCAAAGAGAAAAAGCUGCUUAAUAUAACCGCAAUCAACCUGACUCGAAGGAAUAUCGACCGUGAGACGGUUAAGCAGAUCAAGGAGGGCUGUUUCAGCUUUGUCUACCUUAGCCCAGAAAUAUUCCUCAACAACUCAUUGUUUGAAGAUUUGUUUACCAGCACCGCGUUUCAAAACCUACUUACUUUGAUAGUUGUUGACGAUGCCGAACUAAUGUACUGGUGGAGCCUAGUCGCAACGAACCAGAGCAAACUCCUCAACAGUUUUGAACGGAAUGAAGACCGCUGUCGAAGCCGGCCUUCUUAUGGAAGGAUGUGGGCUGAAAGGUUGGAGGAACCACGCAACUUGCCGGUUUUGAUGAUGUCCGCUACUUGUCGACCAGCAGUGCUGGAUGCGAUCCGGUUCAAUCUGACCCUACGACCUCAAGACAUCACCAUGAUCAAUGGCCAACUCACGCGUCCGGAAAUUCGAUUGAUCCGGAUCCCAAUGCAAUCCACCUUGAGGUCCUGCGACGAUCUUCUUAGAAUAUACGCACCACAUACCAAAGUUCCAGCCAUCAAGACUGUGCCUACGAUCAUUUACUCCGGACAAUUAGACGCAACUUUCCAAGUGAUGAAGAUCGUCAACGAGGCACGCGAUACCAAGGGAGGGGAAAUGGACCCUCACAGUGAGUUCAUCCGUCGAUUCCACUCGGUUACAGGCGAGUUGGACAAACAGAAAAACAUAGCCGACUUUGUGGAAGGAAAGGUGCCGGUGUUGUCGGCAAGCAUGGCCCUGGGCCUCAGCCAAAGCGUCAAGCGGGUCCGAUCGGUGAUCACCAUGGGUCGAGCAGACCCAUCUGCAAUCGUCCAGAUGGUCAGUAACUGUGGGCUCGAUGGGAACCCCGGAUUGGCUCUCUUGUUCAUGGAGCCCAAACGGAAAGAGGGGAAGAAUUCGCCCGACGACUUUGAUGCUAAGUUGAAGCAAUCGCAGUCGGACGACGAUAGGAUGGACGCUUUCGCAAUCACGCCUGUCUGUUUAAGAGUCGCGCUCGCCGUGGAUAGCCAGUUUGGUUAUAUCCCCUUGUCUGAUACCGAUCCAGUAUUCCAAGCCGAACGCGAAAAGGAGAUUCAGGCCGAGCUUCCGCCAUGCCAGUGUUCAAACUGUGCGCCAGAUGCCGCCCAGGCCAUCCUCAAUCUUGCACCACAGAUCACAGUUGACAACUUCGACGAGAUCCUGAAGGACCCAUUCAGUGUUGCUAAAGAUAAUUCAAUCGUCAUCAAGGAGCGCGUGAAGAGGCACGCAAGGUCCGAUUAUUAACCCAUUUUCUUUCUGCUUUACUCAUGCCGGUUUAUUCUUUAUCUAUUUACGAUGCUCUUUUUUUAGAUGAUAGUAUUCCAGUCUAUUCCAACAGGCUGAUUUAUUGUCUGAAGCAAGUCUUGGUAGUCCAUGAAGUUAUGAACCCUAGACCAUGAGUGGUAGCACAGGUACACAUUUCAAUAAGCUUGUAGCUGAAAUAAAUGUGCAAGGAACCGGUCACCGGUUCUCACUAUUUUUUAUCAAUGUGUCAGCUCUGAGUUCCCUACUGUACUGAGCCACCCAGACCUUUCCAAGUAUACAUAUUUCCCUUUUCCAUUCAUUCACUCAGCAAUCGUUCAUUUCUUCAUUUUUUUCAACAGAACGAGCAUGUUUGCUCAAUCCAAAAUUGACCCAAGACCUUCUCCACCACAUGCGGGAUAGUUUUCAGGUUUUUCUAUGCCAAGAUAUUAGCCAACCUCUCCCAAAUAUCCUACAUUAGUUUUCUUUGGAAAAACUCAGGCAGAGCCCAUAGUAAACCACUUUUUAGAUCAGAUACACAAUCUGGUGUCCCAUGACAUUUGCCUGCUUGAACGGGCAACAAUCAUAGCACUUAGGCCGGUC